CCGCCUGUCCUUUUGUCCCUGUCCAGUUUCAGGACCGGCAGGAGUGCGGGCUGCUGGGUGGGAGCUUUGUCGGUCCUGGGCCCUCGGAGGGAGGUGAGACCCAGCAGCCCCUGCCCCAGCAUCUGAGCGCCUCGCCUGGGUGCUGCCCAGUGCCCCUGGUAGAGACAGGUUCCCCCGCCUCCCCUCACCCCCACCAUCAUGGAUCACUCCUCGUUCAGCGGCGCACCUCGCUUCCUAACCCGGCCCAAGGCCUUCGUGGUGUCGGUGGGCAAAGACGCCACGCUGAGCUGCCAGAUCGUGGGUAACCCCACGCCGCAGGUCAGCUGGGAGAAGGACCUGCAGCAGGUGGAGGCGGGCACUCGCUUCCGCCUGGCCCAGGACGGCGACCUGUACCGCCUCACCAUCUUGGACCUGGCGCUGGGCGACAGCGGGCAGUAUGUAUGCCGUGCACGCAACGCCAUUGGCGAAGCCUUCGCGGCGGUCGGCCUGCAGGUGGACGCCGAGGCAGCGUGCGCCGAGCAGGCACCCCACUUUCUGCUGCGGCCCACAUCCAUCCGCGUGCGCGAGGGAGCCGAGGCCACCUUCCGCUGCCGCGUGCGCGGUUCGCCGCCGAUGUCUGUGAGCUGGGCCAAGGAUGGGCGGCGCCUGGGCGCGCUGGACGCUCCCCGAGUGCGUGUGGAGGCGAGCGGCGAGGCAAGCGCGCUACGCAUCCUGGCCGCGCAGCCGCGCGACAGCGGCACUUACACGGUGCACGCGGAGAACGCGCUGGGAGCCGCUAGCGCCGCCGCCGGGCUUUCGGUGGACACGGAAGCAGACACAGACUGCCCGCCCGGGGCCUCCACAGCCAUGCUCCUGGCGCAUCUGCAGCUGCGGCGCGAGGCCAUGCGCACCGAGGGAGCCCUGGCCUCGCCGCCCAGCGCCUGCACGCGCACCUGCACAGUGACUGAGGGCAAGCAUGCGCGCCUCAGCUGCUUCGUGACGGGUGAGCCCAAGCCUGAGAUAGUGUGGAAGAAGGAUGGGCAGCUGGUGGCCGAGGGCCGGCGACAUGUGGUGUACGAGGACGCGCAGGAGAACUUCGUGCUCAAGAUCCUCUUCUGCAAGCAGUCAGACUGUGGCCUCUAUACUUGCACGGCGUCCAACAUCGUGGGCCAGACCUACAGCUCCGUGCUAGUCGUCGUGCGAGAGCCCAAGGUACCCUUCAGAAAGCGGCUGCAGGACCUGGAGGUGCCAGAGAAAGCGUCGGCCACGUUCCAGUGUGAGGUGCCGCUGCCUCCCGUGGAGUCUGUGUGGUACAAGGAGGAGACGCGGCUGUGGGCUAGUGCCAAGUACCUCAUCGAGGAGGCAGGCGCCGAGCGCCGGCUGACCGUGCUGAACGUCACCUCCGAUGACGAUGCCGUGUACAUCUGCGAGACGGCAGAGGGCAGUCGCACGGUGGCCGAGCUGGCGGUGCAAGGCAACCUCCUUCGAAAGCUCCCGAGGAAGACAGCUGGGCGAGUGGGAGACACAGCCGUGUUCUGUGUGGAGCUGGCCAAGCCAGAGGGCCCCAUCCGCUGGCUGUGGAACCAGCAGGAGGUGGUGGCCGGGGGCCGAGUGGCCAUUACUGCUGAAGGCACGUGCCACACACUGACCGUCUCCCAGUGCAGCCUGGACGAUGCCGGUGAGGUGGCCUUUGUGUCUGGGGGCUGCCGGACGUCAACCCAGUUCUGCGUGUCAGCCCCCAGAAGGCCGCCCCUGCGUGCUCCUGAGGCCCCUGUGGUGAAGGCCAGGACAGAGAGCUCCGUGACCCUUGGCUGGUCCCCACCACCCCAUGGGGACCGCCCUGUUGCUAUCGACGGCUACCUGGUGGAGCAGAAGAGAGUGGGCACCUACCCCUGGAGCCGGUGCCACGAAGACGAGUGGGUGGCUCUGCCGGAGCUGACUGUGGCUGGCGUGGCCGAGGAGGGGGACUUCCAGUUCAGGGUGUCAGCUGUGAACAGCUUUGGCCACAGCCCCUACCUUGAGUUCCCAGGAACUGUACACCUGGCCCCCCAGCUGGCUAUGAAAACACCUCUGAAGGCGGUAGAGGCAGUGGAAGGCGGCGAGGUGACCUUCUCUGUGGACCUCACUACGGCCUCAGCAGGGGAGUGGUUCCUGGACGGGCAGGCGCUGCAGGCCAGCAGCAUGUACGUGAUACACUGUGAUGGCACCCGGCACGCUCUCACCAUUCGCUUGGUGCCUGUCAGCCUGCACGGGGCCGAGCUCAAGUUCGUGGCCAAUGGUAUCGAGAGCAGCAUCCGCAUGGAGGUCCGAGCAGCCCCGGGGCUGACGAGCAAGUGUCCGGCAGCAGCCGUGGCAGCGCGGGAGGUGCUGGCCCGGCUGCAUGAGGAGGCCCAGCUCCUGGCUGAGUUAUCGGACCAGGCUGCAGCUGUGACGUGGCUCAAGGACGGAUGCGCACUGUCUCCAGGCCCCAAGUAUGAGGUGCAGGCGUCAGCCGGGCAGCGGGCACUGCUAGUGCGGGACGUGAAGCGAGAAGACGCGGGCCUGUAUGAGUGUGUCAGCCACGGGGACCGCAUCGCCUACCAGCUACUGGUGCAAGAGUCCUCUGCGGUGUUUAUCAAGGGGCAGCCAGCACAUAAAGAGGUGCAGGCCGUGGCAGGGGCCAGCACCACACUGAGCUGCGAGGUGGCCCAGGCCCAGACGGAGGUGAUGUGGUACAAGAACAGAAAGAAGCUGAAUUCGAGCUCAAAAGUGCAUCCAGAGGCCAAGGGCUGCACCCGGAGGCUGGUGGUGCAGCAGGUGGGCAAGGCUGACGCCGGGGAGUACAGCUGCGAGGCCGGGGGCCAGAAGGUCUCCUUCCACCUGGAUGUCACAGAACCCAAGGUGGUGUUUGCCAAGGAGCAGCCAGCACGCAGUGAAGUGCAGGCCGUGGCGGGGGCCAGUGCCACGCUGAGCUGCGAGGUGGCCCAGGCCCAGAAGGAGGUGACGUGGUACAAGGAUGGAAAGAAGCUGAGUUCGAGCUCAAAAGUGCGUGUGGAGGCCACGGGCCGAGGGCGGCGGCUGGUGGUGCAGCAGGUGGGAAAGGCCGACGCCGGGGAGUACAGCUGCGAGGCCGGGGGCCAGAGGGUCUCCUUCCACCUGGAUGUCACAGAGCCCAAGGUGGUGUUUGCCAAGGAGCAGCCGGCACGCAGUGAAGUGCAGGCCGUGGCGGGGGCCAGUGCCACGCUGAGCUGCGAGGUGGCCCAGGCCCAGACGGAGGUGACGUGGUACAAGAAUGGAAAGAAGCUGAGUUCGAGCUCAAAAGUGCGAGUGGAGGCCACGGGCCGAGGGCGGCGGCUGGUGGUGCAGCAGGCGGGCAAGGCCGACGCCGGGGAGUACAGCUGUGAGGCCGGGGGCCAGAGGGUCUCCUUCCACCUGGAUGUCACAGAGCCCAAGGUGGUGUUUGCCAAGGAGCAGCCGGCACGCAGUGAAGUUCAGGCCUUGGCGGGGGCCAGUGCCACGCUGAGCUGCGAGGUGGCCCAGGCCCAGACGGAGGUGAUGUGGUACAAGGAUGGGAAGAAGCUGAGUCCGAGCUCAAAAGUGCGAGUGGAGGCCUCGGGUCGAGGGCGGCGGCUGGUGGUGCAGCAGGCGGGCAAGGCCGACGCCGGGGAGUACAGCUGCGAGGCCGGGGGCCAGAGGGUCUCCUUCCACCUGGAUGUCACAGAGCCCAAGGUGGUGUUUGCCAAGGAGCAGCCGGCACGCAGUGAAGUGCAGGCCGUGGCGGGGGCCAGUGCCACGCUGAGCUGCGAGGUGGCCCAGGCCCAGACGGAGGUGACGUGGUACAAGAAUGGAAAGAAGCUGAGUUCGAGCUCAAAAGUGCGAGUGGAGGCCACGGGCCGAGGGCGGCGGCUGGUGGUGCAGCAGGCGGGCAAGGCCGACGCCGGGGAGUACAGCUGUGAGGCCGGGGGCCAGAGGGUCUCCUUCCACCUGGAUGUCACAGAGCCCAAGGUGGUGUUUGCCAAGGAGCAGCCGGCACGCAGUGAAGUUCAGGCCUUGGCGGGGGCCAGUGCCACGCUGAGCUGCGAGGUGGCCCAGGCCCAGACGGAGGUGAUGUGGUACAAGGAUGGGAAGAAGCUGAGUCCGAGCUCAAAAGUGCGAGUGGAGGCCUCGGGUCGAGGGCGGCGGCUGGUGGUGCAGCAGGCGGGCAAGGCCGACGCCGGGGAGUACAGCUGCGAGGCCGGGGGCCAGAGGGUCUCCUUCCACCUGGAUGUCACAGAGCCCAAGGUGGUGUUUGCCAAGGAGCAGCCGGCACGCAGUGAAGUGCAGGCCGUGGCGGGGGCCAGUGCCACGCUGAGCUGCGAGGUGGCCCAGGCCCAGACGGAGGUGACGUGGUACAAGAAUGGAAAGAAGCUGAGUUCGAGCUCAAAAGUGCGAGUGGAGGCCACGGGCCGAGGGCGGCGGCUGGUGGUGCAGCAGGCGGGCAAGGCCGACGCCGGGGAGUACAGCUGUGAGGCCGGGGGCCAGAGGGUCUCCUUCCACCUGGAUGUCACAGAGCCCAAGGUGGUGUUUGCCAAGGAGCAGCCGGCACGCAGUGAAGUGCAGGCCGUGGCGGGGGCCAGUGCCACGCUGAGCUGCGAGGUGGCCCAGGCCCAGACGGAGGUGACGUGGUACAAGGAUGGAAAGAAGCUGAGUUCGAGCUCAAAAGUGCGUGUGGAGGCCACGGGCCGAGGGCGGCGGCUGGUGGUGCAGCAGGCGGGGAAGGCCGACACCGGGGAGUACAGCUGCGAGGCCGGGGGCCAGAGGGUCUCCUUCCACCUGGAUGUCACAGAGCCCAAGGUGGUGUUUGCCAAGGAGCAGCCGGCACGCAGUGAAGUGCAGGCCGUGGCGGGGGCCAGUGCCACGCUGAGCUGCGAGGUGGCCCAGGCCCAGACGGAGGUGACGUGGUACAAGGAUGGAAAGAAGCUGAGUUCGAGCUCAAAAGUGCGUGUGGAGGCGACGGGCCGAGGGCGGCGGCUGGUGGUGCAGCACGCGGGCAAGGCCGACGCCGGGGAGUACAGCUGCGAGGCCGGGGGCCAGAGGGUCUCCUUCCACCUGGAUGUCACAGAGCCCAAGGUGGUGUUUGCCAAGGAGCAGCCGGCACGCAGUGAAGUGCAGGCCGUGGCGGGGGCCAGUGCCACGCUGAGCUGCGAGGUGGCCCAGGCCCAGACGGAGGUGACGUGGUACAAGGAUGGAAAGAAGCUGAGUUCGAGCUCAAAAGUGCGAGUGGAGGCGACGGGCCAAGGGCGGCGGCUGGUGGUGCAGCAGGCGGGCAAGGCCGACGCCGGGGAGUACAGCUGCGAGGCCGGGGGCCAGAGGGUCUCCUUCCACCUGGAUGUCACAGAGCCCAAGGUGGUGUUUGCCAAGGAGCAGCCGGCACGCAGUGAAGUGCAGGCCAUGGCGGGGGCCAGUGCCACGCUGAGCUGCGAGGUGGUGCAGGCCCAGACGGAGGUGACUUGGUACAAGGAUGGGAAGAAGCUGAGUUCGAGCUCAAAAGUGCGUGUGGAGGCCGCGGGCCAAGGGCGGCGGCUGGUGGUGCAGCACGCGGGCAAAGCCGAUGCCGGGGAGUACAGCUGCGAGGCCGGGGGCCAGAGGGUCUCCUUCCACCUGGAUGUCACAGAGCCCAUGGUGGUGUUUGCCAAGGAGCAGCCAGCACGCAGUGAAGUGCAGGCCAUGGCGGGGGCCAGUGCCGCACUGAGUUGUGAGGUGGCCCAGGCCCAGACAGAGGUGACGUGGUACAAGGAUGGGAAGAAGCUGAGUGCGAGCUCGAAAGUGCGUGUGGAGGCCAAGGGCUGCACCCGGCGGCUGGUGGUGCAGCAGGCAGGGAAGGUGGAUGCUGGAGAGUACAGCUGUGAAGCCAUGGGCCAGAGGGUUUCCUUCCACCUGGAUGUCACAGAGCCUAUGGUGGUGUUUGCCAAGGAGCAGCCGGCACGCAGUGAAGUGCAGGCCGUGGCGGGGGCCAGUGCCACGCUGAGCUGUGAGGUGGCCCAGGCCCAGACGGAGGCGACGUGGUACAAGGAUGGAAAGAAGCUGAGUUCGAGCUCAAAAGUGCAUGUGGAGGCCAAAGGCUGCACCCGGAGGCUGGUGGUGCAGCAGGCGGGCAAGGCCGACACCGGGGAGUACAGCUGCGAGGCCGGGGGCCAGAGGGUCUCCUUCCACCUGGAUGUCACAGAGCCGGAACUUGAGCCCCCGACCCUGGAGAGACCCAGACGCAGGGAACCUCUGGUGGUCAGGGAACACGAGGACAUCGUCCUGACAGCCACGCUGGCCACACCCUCUGUGGCCGCGGUGACGUGGCUCAAGGAUGGUGUGGAGAUUCGCAGCAGCAAGCGGCACGAGAUGGCCAGCCUGGGGUCCACCUACACCCUGACUGUGCGUGGCGCGCAGAUCCUGGACAGUGCCGUCUACUGCUGCCGCCUGGGCGCAGACGAGCAGGACUUCCCGGUGCAGGUGGAAGAGGUGGCUGCCAAGUUCUGCCGUCCCCUGGAGCCCGUGAGCGGGGAGCUGGGUGGCACGGUGAAGCUGGUCUGCGAGCUGAGCCCGGCGCAGGCCCAGGUGGUGUGGCGCCGCGGGAGCACGCAACUCCGGGCCGGCAAACGCUUCCAGAUGGCGGCUGCGGGGCUUCAGCGCUCACUCACCGUGUCGGGCCUGCGGGCAGACGACGCGGGGGAGUACGUGUGCGAGAGCCGCGAUGACCACACCAGCGCCAUGCUCACCGUGAGCGUCCCCCGCGUGGUCAAGUUCACGUCUGGGCUGAGCGCGGUGGUCGCGGAGGAGGGCUGCGAGGCCACCUUCCAGUGCAUGGUGACUCCCAGCGACGCGGCGGUGACGUGGUUCCGGGAUGGCGUCAAGCUACAGUCCAGCGAGAAGUUUCUCAUAUCGCAGAAGGGUGCCAGCCACAGCCUGACUAUCUUGGGCCUGGCCCUGGAGGAUGCCGGCCAGAUCACCGCGGAGGCUGAGGGCAUCAAGACCGUGGCUGCCCUUCGGGUCCGAGAGGCCCCAGUGUUGUUCAAAAAAAAGCUGGAGCCACAGACUGUGGAGGAGCGGAGCUCGGUGACCAUGGAGGUGGAGCUGACGCGGCCAUGGCCGGAGGUCAAGUGGACACGCAACGCCAUGGCCCUGGUGACAGGCGAGAAUGUGGAGAUCCAUGCCGAGGGCUCAAGUCACCGCUUGGUUCUCUGCAGCGUGGGUUUCGCUGACCGUGGUUUCUAUGGCUGUGAGACAGCAGAUGAUAAGACGCAGGCCAGGCUGACUGUGGAAAUGCGCCAGGUCCGGCUUGUGCGGGGCCUGCAGACAGUGGAGGCACAGGAGCAGGGCACAGCCACAAUGGAAAUAGAGCUGUCCCAUGCUGACGUGGAGGGCAGCUGGACUCGAGAUGGCCUUCGGCUCCAGCCGGGACCCACGUGCCAGCUGGUGGUGCACGGCCCUACCCAUACCCUGACGCUGUCCAGGCUGCAGAGGCAGGACAGUGGCCUGGUUUCCUUCAGGGCGGAGGGCGUGCACACAUCUGCGCGGCUGGUGGUCACUGAGCUGCCUGUGAAGUUCAGCCGCCCUCUGCAGGACGUGGUGGCCACGGAAAAGGACAAGGUGGUCCUGGACUGUGAGCUGUCACGCCCCAAUGUGGAUGUGCACUGGUUGAAGGACGGUGUGGAGCUGCGGGUGAGCAAGGCAGUGGGCAUGCUGGCCCAGGGGGCCUGCAGGAGUCUCGUCAUUUACCGAUGUGAGCUUGGGGACCAGGGCGUGUAUGUAUGUGACGCCCACGAUGCUCAGAGCUCGGCCUCCCUGAAGGUGCAAGGCCGAAACGUCCAGAUCGUGAGGCCUCUGGAAGAUGUGGAAGUGAUGGAGAGGGAGGGUGCCACCUUCUCCUGCGAGGUCUCCCACGAUGAGGUGCCUGCCCAGUGGUUCCGGGAGGGCAACAAGCUUCGGGCCAGUGACAAUGUGCGGAUCCGCCAGGAAGGAAGGACAUACACUCUCAUCUAUCGGAGGGUCCUGGUGGAAGAUGCAGGGGAAAUCAAAUUUGUAGCACAAUGUGCAGAAUCACGAGCCCAGCUCCGAGUAAAAGAGCUGCCAGUAUCCAUCCUACGCCCGCUGCGGGACAAGAUCGCAAUAGAGAAGCACCGCGGUAUGCUCGAGUGCCAGAUGUCGAGGGCCAGUGCCCAGGUGCGGUGGUUCAAGGGCAGCGUGGAACUGCAGCCUGGGGCCAAGUAUGAGAUGGUCAGUGACGGCCUCUACCGCCAGCUAGUCAUCAACGCCGUCCAGCCUGAGGACGAGGACACUUAUACCUGUGAUGCUGGCGAUGUUAAGACCAGUGCCCAGUUCUUUGUGGAAGAGCAAUCCAUCACUAUCGUGCGGGACCUGCAGGAUGUGACGGUGAUGCAGCCUGCCCCUGCCUCGUUCGAGUGUGAGACCUCCAUCCCCUCGGUGCGGCCGCCUAAGUGGCUCCUGGGGAAGACAGUGCUGCAGGCAGGGGCUGACGUGGGAAUGGAGCAGGAGGGCACAGUGCACCGGCUGACGCUGCGGCGUACCUGCUCCACCAUGACAGGGCCGGUGCACUUCACCAUUGGCAAAUCACGCUCCACCGCCUGCCUGGUCGUCUCAGACGUUCCCAUGGUGCUCACGCGGCCACUAGAGCCCAAGGUGGGGCGCGAGCUGCAGUCGGUAGUCCUGUCCUGUGACUUCAAGCCACCCCCCAAGACCGUGCAGUGGUACAAGGAGGAGACACCCCUGGUGCCAUCUGGCAAGUUCAAGAUGAGGCUGGAGGGCCACAUGGCAGAGCUGUGCAUCCUGCGGCUCACACCCGCGGAUGCUGGUGUCUACCGGUGCCAGGCCGGCAGUGCCCAGAGCAGCGCUGAGGUUACUGUGGAAGUGCGGGAGGUGACGGUGACGCAGCCACUGCAGGACUUGGAGGUCACGGAGGAGGGCUGUGCCUGCUUCUCCUGCGAGCUGUCCCACGAGGAUGAGGAGGUGGAGUGGUCGCUCAAUGGGACGCCACUGUAUAACGACAGCUUCCACAAGAUUACCCACGAGGGCCGCCGCCACACGCUGGUGCUGAAGCAGGUCCAACGAGCUGACACGGGCACUGUAUGCGCCUCCUCGCCCAAGAUUAUGGCCUCGGCCCGCCUGGAGGUCAAAGGGAAGCCGGUGGUGUUCCUGAAGGCGUUGGACGACGUGUCCGUGGAGGAGUGGGGCACGCUGGCCUUGCGGUGCGAGGUCUCUGACCACCAGGCUCGUGUGGUGUGGCGAAAGGACGGCAUGGAGUUGGGCCCCAGUGACAAGUAUGAAUUCCUGUACACAGCGGGCACUCGGGGACUCGUGGUGCACCACCUGAGCAGGGACGAUGCUGGCCUGUACACCUGCGACGUGGGCACUGAUGAGACCCGUGCCCAUGUCAGCGUGCACGACCUGCACGUGGGCAUCACCAAGAGGCUGAAGACAGUGGAGGUGAUGGAGGGCGAGAGCUGCAGCUUUGAGUGCAUCCUGUCCCGUGAGAACACUGCCGAUGUGGCUGUAUGGAUGGUUGGUGGGAAAACGGUGGGCAGCUCUGGCCGCUUCCGGGCCACACGCCAGGGCCGCAAGUAUACGCUGGCUGUCCGAGAUGCUCUGCCAAGUGACGCUGGGGAGGUGGUCUUCUCUGUGCGGGGCCUCACCUCCAAGGCCUCGCUCAUCAUCAGAGAGAGGCCAGUUGACAUUAUGAAGCCACUGGAAGACCAGCGGGCCAUGCUGGGUGAGGAUGUGGUGCUGAGGUGUGAGCUGUCACGGGAGGGGACCCCAGUGUGCUGGCUGAAGGACGGGAAAGCCAUUCGCAAGAGUCAGAAGUAUGAGCUUCUCAUCAAAGGCACUCAAGCCAUGCUGGUCAUCCAUGCAGCCUCACUCAAAGAUUCUGGCGAGUACACGUGUGAGACGGAGUCUUCUAAAAGCACAGCCAGCCUCCGAGUGGAAGAAAAGCCGAACCGGUUCACGGAGGAGCUGGCUGACCUGCAGGUGAAGGAGAAGGGCACAGCUGUGUUCGCCUGCAAGACGGAGCGCCCCGCGGCCUCAGUUACCUGGCGCAAGGGCUUCACAGAGCUGCAAGCCUCAGAGAAGCAUGCUCCCAGCCAGGAGGGCCUGACCUUGAGGCUCACCAUCAGCGCCCUGGAGAAGGCGGACAGUGACACUUACACCUGUGACAUAGGCCAGGCCCAGUCCCAGGCUCGGCUCCUGGUGAAAGGCCAGAAAGUGCUCAUCACAGAGGACCUGGAGGAUUUGGAGGUGCAGGAGGGAUCCUCGGCCACCUUCUGCUGCCGUAUCUCCCCUGCUGACUACAAGCCCGUCCACUGGUUCUUGGACAAAACCCCACUGUCUGCCAACGAACUCAAUGAGAUCAAGGUCCAGCCAGGUGGCUACCACGUGCUUACCCUGCGGCAGCUGUCCCUCAAGGACUCAGGCACCAUCUAUUUUGAGGCAGGCGACCAGCGGACCUCAGCUGCCUUGCAGGUCACAGAGAAGCCAGGUGUUUUCUCCCGGGAGCUCACAGAUGCCACAGUCGUGGAGGGGGAAGACCUGACCCUGGUCUGUGAGACUGCUGCUUUAGACACCCCUGUGUGCUGGACCAAGGACGGGAAGGCCCUGCGGCCAUCGGCUCGGUGCAGUCUGAGCUAUGAGGGCCGCCGAGCCCAACUGGUCAUCACUGACACCACCCUUCAGGACGGUGGGCUCUACAAGUGUGAGGCUGGAGGUGCCUGGAGCAGCUCCACUGUCAGGGUCCAUGCUCAGCCCGUGCAGUUCCGAGAGGGGCUGAAGGACGUGGAGGUGCUGGAGGGUGGUGCUGCCACACUACACUGCAUGCUGUCAUCGGUGGCCAUGCCCGUGGAGUGGCGUCGUGGAGAUGAGGUUGUGCAGCCUGGAGACAAGUACAGCCUGAGGCAGGAGGGUACCAUGCUGGAACUGCUCAUCCGGGACCUGCGGCCUCAGGACAGCGGGCAAUACUCCUGCUGCUUCAGGGACCAGAUGACAUCGGCCAGGCUCACCGUACAGGCCCUACCUGCUGAGUUCAUAGGAAAACUGAGAAGCAAGGAGGCCACGGAAGGGACCACGGCCACGCUGUGCUGUGAGCUGAGCAAGGCAGCCCCUGUGGAGUGGAGGAAGGGGCCCGAGACCCUCAGAGCUGGAGAGAGAGUGAGCCUGAGGCAGGACGGAGCUGUGUGUGAGCUGGAGAUCCGUGGCCUGACUGUGGAGGAUGCUGGGGAGUACUCGUGUGUGUGCGGGCAGGAGAGGACAUCAGCCACGCUCACCGUCAGGGGCCUACCUGCCAAGUUCACAAAGGGUCUGAGGAAGGAAGAGGCCAUGGAAGGGGCCACGGCUGUGCUGUGCUGUGAGCUGAGCAAGGCAGCCCCUGUGGAGUGGAGGAAGGGGGCCGAGACCCUAAGAGCUGGAGACAGAGUGAACCUGAGACAGGAUGGAGCCGUGUGUGAGCUGGAGAUCUGUGGCCUGGUUGUAGCAGAUGCCGGGGAGUACUCAUGCGUGUGCGGGCAGGAGAGAACAGCGGCCAGGCUGACCGUCAGGGCCCUGCCCACCAAGUUCACAAAGGGUCUGAGGAAGGAGGAGGCCACAGAAGGAGCCACAGCUACACUGCGCUGCGAGCUGAGCAAGACGGCCCCCGUGGAGUGGAGGAAGGGGCCCAAGAUCCUCAGAGCCGGGGACAGAGUGAGCCUGAAGCAGGACGGGGCCGUGUGUGAGCUGGAGAUCCGUGGCCUGGCUGUGGCGGACACCGGGGAGUACUUCUGCGUGUGUGGGCAGGAGAGGACCUCAGCCACGCUCACUGUCAGAGCCCUGCCUGCCAAGUUCACAAAGGGUCUGAAGAGUGGAGAAGCCACGGAAGGGGCUACAGCCACCCUGCGGUGUGAGCUGAGCAAGGUGGCCCCAGUGGAGUGGAGGAAGGGGCCCGAGACCCUCAAACCUGGGGACAGAGUGAGCCUGAGGCAGGACGGGGCCAAGUGUGAGCUGCAGAUACAUGGCCUGGUUGUGGCGGACGCCGGGGAGUACUCGUGUGUGUGCGGGCAGGAGAGGACUUCUGCCACACUGGCCGUCAGGGCCCUGCCUGCUCGGUUCAUCCAAGAUCUGAAGACCAAGGAGGCCACAGAAGGGGCCACAGCCACACUGCACUGUGAGCUGAGCAAGGCAGCCCCUGUGGAGUGGAGGAAGGGGCCCAAGGCCCUCAGAGCCGGGGACAGAGUGAGGCUGAGGCAGGACGGAGCCAUGUGUGAGCUGGAGAUCCGUGGCCUGACCGUGGAGGAUGCUGGGGAGUACUCGUGUGUGUGCGGGCAGGAGAAGACAUCAGCCACGCUCACCGUCAGGGCCCUACCUGCUGAGUUCAUAAGAAGACUGAGAAGCAAGGAGGCCACAGAAGGGACCACAGCCACGCUGUGCUGUGAGCUGAGCAAGGCAGCCCCUGUGGAGUGGAAGAAGGGCCCUGAGACCCUCAGAGCUGGAGACAGAGUGAGGCUGAGGCAGGACGGAGCCGAGUGUGAGCUGGAGAUACGUGGCCUGACCGUGGAGGAUGCUGGGGAGUACUCGUGUGUGUGCGGGCAGGAGAGGACAUCAGCCACGCUCACUGUCAGGGGCCUGCCUGCCAAGUUCACAAAGGGUCUGAGGAAGGAAGAGGCCAUGGAAGGAGGCACGGCCGUGCUGCGCUGUGAGCUGAGCAAGGCAGCCCCUGUGGAGUGGAGGAAGGGGCCUGAGACCCUGAGAACCGGGGACAGAGUGAGGCUGAGACAGGACAGGGCCAUGUGUGAGCUGGAGAUCCAUGGCCUGGUUGUGGCAGAUACUGGGGAGUACUCAUGCGUGUGUGGUCAGGAGAAAACCUCAGCCACGCUCACUAUCAGGGCUCUGCCUACUGAGUUCAUAAGAAGAUUGAGUAGCAAGGAGGCCACGGAAGGGACCACGGCCAUGCUGCGCUGUGAGCUGAGCAGGGAAGCCCCUGUGGAGUGGAGGAAAGGACCUGAGACCCUCAGAGCUGGAGACAGAGUGAGCCUGAGGCAGGACGGAGCUGUGUGUGAGCUGGAGAUCCAUGACCUGACUGUGGAGGAUGCUGGGGAGUACUCGUGUGUGUGUGGGCAGAAGAGGACAUCAGCCACGCUCACCGUCAGGGGCCUACCUGCCAAGUUCACAAAGGGUGUGAAGAAGGAAGAGGCCAUGGAAGGGGCCAGCGCCACGCUGUGCUGUGAGCUGAACAAGGCAGCCCCUGUGGAGUGGAGGAAGGGGUCCGAGACCCUCAGUGUGGGAGACAGAGUGAGCCUGAGGCAGGAUGGAGCCGUGUGUGAGCUAGAAAUCCAUGACCUGACUGUGGAGGAUGCUGGGGAGUACUCGUGUGUGUGUGGGCAGGAGAGGACCUCAGCCACACUCACCGUCAGGGGCCUACCUGCCAAGUUCACAAAGGGUCUGAGGAAGGAAGAGGCCAUGGAAGGGACCAGGGCCACGCUGCGCUGUGAGCUGAACAAGGCAGCCCCCGUGGAGUGGAGGAAGGGUCCCGAGACCCUCAGAGCCAGGGACCGAGUGAGCCUGAGGCAGGACGGGGCCAUGUGUGAACUGGAAAUCCAUGACCUGACUGUGGAGGAUGCUGGGGAGUACUCGUGUGUAUGUGGUCAGGAGAAAACCUCAUCCACACUCACUGUCAGGGCCCUUCCCAUCAAGUUCACAAAGCAUCUGAGGAAGGAAGAGGCCACAGAAGGGGCCAUGGCCACACUGCGCUGUGAGCUGAGCAAGGCAGCCCCUGUGGAAUGGAGGAAGGGUCCUGAGACCCUCAGAGCUGGAGACAGAGUGAGCCUGAGGCAGGAUGGAGCCGUGUGUGAGCUGGAGAUCCGUGGCCUGACCGUGGAGGAUGCUGGGGAGUACUCGUGUGUGUGCAAGCAGGAGAGGACAUCAGCCACACUCACCGUCAGGGGCCUACCUGCCAAGUUCACAAAGGGUCUGAGGAAGGAAGACGCCAUGGAAGGGGCCAUGGCCGUGCUGCGCUGUGAGCUGAGCAAGGCAGCCCCUGUGGAGUGGAAGAAGGGUCCUGAGACCCUCAGAGCUGGAGACAGAGUGAGCCUGAGGCAGGAUGGAGCCGUGUGUGAGCUGCAGAUCCAUGACCUGACUGUGGAGGAUGCUGGGGAGUACUCGUGUGUGUGUGGGCAGGAGAGGACAUCAGCCACGCUCACCGUCAGGGGCCUGCCUGCCAAGUUCACAAAGGGUCUGAGGAAGGAAGAGGCCAUGGAAGGAGCCACGGCCAUGCUGCGCUGUGAGCUGAGCAAGGCAGCCCCUGUGGAGUGGAGGAAGGGGCCUGAGACCCUGAGAACCGGGGACAGAGUGAGGCUGAGGCAGGACGGGGCCAUGUGUGAGCUGGAGAUCCAUGGCCUGGUUGUGGCAGAUGCCGGGGAGUAUUCAUGCAUAUGCGGUCAGGAGAAAACCUCAGCCACGCUCACUGUCAGGGCUCUGCCUACUGAGUUCAUAAGAAGAUUGAGUAGCAAGGAGGCCACAGAAGGGACCACGACCAUGCUGCGCUGUGAGCUGAGCAAGGCAGCCCCUGUGGAGUGGAGGAAGGGCCCUGAGACCCUCAGAGCUGGAGACAGAGUGAGCCUGAGGCAGGACGGAGCAAUGUGUGAGCUGGAGAUCCAUGACCUGACUGUGGAGGAUGCUGGGGAGUACUCGUGUGUGUGCGGGCAGGAGAGGACAUCAGCCACGCUCACCGUCAGGGGCCUACCUGCCAAGUUCACAAAGGGUCUGAGGAAGGAAGAGGCCAUGGAAGGGACCAGGGCCACGCUGCGCUGUGAGCUGAACAAGGCAGCCCCCGUGGAGUGGAGGAAGGGUCCCGAGACCCUCAGAGCCAGGGACCGAGUGAGCCUGAGGCAGGACGGGGCCAUGUGUGAACUGGAAAUCCAUGACCUGACUGUGGAGGAUGCUGGGGAGUACUCGUGUGUAUGUGGUCAGGAGAAAACCUCAUCCACACUCACUGUCAGGGCCCUUCCCACCAAGUUCACAAAGCAUCUGAGGAAGGAAGAGGCCACAGAAGGGGCCAUGGUCACACUGCGCUGUGAGCUGAGCAAGGCAGCCCCUGUGGAAUGGAGGAAGGGUCCUGAGACCCUCAGAGCUGGAGACAGAGUGAGCCUGAGGCAGGAUGGAGCCGUGUGUGAGCUGGAGAUCCGUGGCCUGACCGUGGAGGAUGCUGGGGAGUACUCGUGUGUGUGCGGGCAGGAGAAGACAUCAGCCACGCUCACCGUCAGGGGCCUACCUGCCAAGUUCACAAAGGGUCUGAGGAAGGAAGAGGCCAUGGAAGGAGCCACGGCCGUGCUGCGCUGUGAGCUGAGCAAGGCAGCCCCUGUGGAGUGGAGGAAGGGGCCUGAGACCCUGAGAACCGGGGACAGAGUGAGGCUGAGGCAGGACGGGGCCAUGUGUGAGCUGGAGAUCCAUGGCCUGGUUGUGGCAGAUGCCGGGGAGUACUCGUGCGUGUGUGGUCAGGAGAAAACCUCAGCCAUGCUCAUUAUCUGGGCUGUGCCUACUGAGUUCAUAAGAAGAUUGAGUAGCAAGGAGGCCACAGAAGGGACCACGGCCAUGCUGCGCUGUGAGCUGAGCAAGGCAGCCCCCGUGGAGUGGAGGAAGGGACCUGAGACACUUAGAGCUGGAGACAGAGUGAGCCUGAGGCAGGAUGGAGCCGUGUGUGAGCUAGAGAUCCAUGACCUGACUGUGGAGGAUGCUGGGGAGUACUCGUGUGUAUGCGGGCAGGAGAAGACAUCAGCCACGCUCACCGUCAGGGGCCUGCCUGCCAAGUUCACAACAGGUCUGAGGAAGGAAGAGGCCAUGGAAGGGACCAGGGCCACGCUGCGCUGUGAGCUGAACAAGGCAGCCCCCGUGGAGUGGAGGAAGGGUCCCGAGACCCUCAGAGCCAGGGACCGAGUGAUCCUGAGGCAGGACGGGGCCGUGUGUGAACUGGAGAUCCAUGACCUAGUAGUGGCAGAUGCCGGGGAGUACUCGUGUGUAUGUGGUCAGGAGAAAACCUCAUCCACACUCACUGUCAGGGCCCUUCCCAUCAAGUUCACAAAGCGUCUGAGGAAGGAGGAGGCCACAGAAGGGGCCACGGCCACACUGCGCUGUGAGCUGAGCAAGGCGGCCCCUGUGGAGUGGAAGAAGGGCCCUGAGACCCUCAGAGCUGGAGACAGAGUGAGCUUGAGGCAGGAUGGAGCCGUGUGUGAGCUGGAGAUCCGUGGCCUGACCGUGGAGGAUGCUGGGGAGUACUCGUGUGUGUGCGGGCAGGAGAGGACAUCAGCCACGCUCAUCGUCAGGGGCCUACCUGCCAAGUUCACAAAGGGUCUGAGGAAGGAAGAGGCCACCGAAGGGGCCAUGGUCAUGCUGCACUGUGAAUUGAGCAAGGCAGCCCCCGUGGAAUGGAAGAAGGGGCCCGAGACCCUCAGAGCAGGGGACAGAGUGAGCCUGAGGCAGGACGGGGCCAUGUGUGAGCUGGAGAUUCGUGGCCUGGUUAUGGCGGAUGCCGGGGAGUACUCUUGUGUGUGCGGGCUGGAGAGGACCUCUGCCAUGCUGACCAUUCGGGCCCCACAGGUGGUGUUCAGGAAGCCACUGCAGAGCCUGCAGGCUGAGGAGGGCACCUCAGCCUGCCUGCGGUGUGAGCUGUCUGAGCCUAGCGCUGCUGUGGUCUGGAGUAAGGGCGGCCGGGAGCUGCAGGCUGACGAGCGCUGGGAACCACAGCAGCGGGGCCAUGUGGCGGAGCUGGUGCUUCGGGACUUGCGCCGGGAGGACACUGGAGAAUACACCUGCACCUGCGGCUCCCAGGCCACCAGCGCCACCCUCACCGUCACAGUUGCACCUGUGAGGUUCCUUCAGGAGCUGCAGGCCCAGGAGGUAGAUGAGGGCGCAACGGCACACCUGCGCUGUGAGCUGAGCCGGGGGGGCGCCAGCGUGGAGUGGCGCAAGGGCUCCCUGCAGCUCUUCCCCUGUGCCAAGUACCAGAUGGUGCUGGAGGGCUCAGCCGCUGAGCUGCUGGUUCACGGUGCUGAACAGGAGGAUGCCGGCCACUACACCUGCGACACAGGCCAUGCACAGAGCACUGCCAGCCUCUCUGUCCGCGCCCCUAGGUCCACGUUUAAGACGGAGCUGCAGAGUGCAGAGCAGGAGGCGGGUGGUGUGGCCCGGCUAUGCUGUCAGCUGAAUGACUCAGAGCCUGGGGCCCCCGUGCUGUGGCUCAAGGAGGGUGUGGAACUGCAAGGGAGUUCCAAGUAUGAGAUGCGAUGCAAGGGGGCCACGUGUGAGCUGCUGAUCCACGGACUUGAGGCCAAGGACACGGGGGAGUACACCUGCAUGGUGGGCAGCCAGAAAACCCUGGCCUCCCUCAAAGUCAAAGAGCCUGAGGUGACCAUUGUGCGGGGCCUGGUUGACACCGAGGUGCAGGCCGACGGGGAAGCAGAGUUCAGCUGUGAAGUGUCGCGGGCUGAGGCCGUGGAUGUGGAGUGGCGCCUCCAGGGCCUGCCACUGCGGAGCAGUGAGGUGACAGAAGUGGCCGUGCGGGGUGACCGCACCCAUACACUGCGGCUGAAGAGCGUGACUCCCGAGGAUGCGGGCACUGUCUCCUUCCACGUGGGCCGCCACACAUCCUCUGCCCAACUCACCGUCACAGCCCCUGAGGUGACCGUCCUGGAGCCCCUGCAGGAUGUGCAGCUCAGCGAGGGCCAGGACGCCCACUUCCAGUGCCGACUGUCAAGGGCCUUGGGCCAGGAGGCCCACUGGGCCCUGGAAGGGGUGCCCCUGCAGGCCAACGAGAUGAACGACAUCACUGUGGAGCAUGGCACACUCCACUUGCUCACCCUGCACAAGGUGACCCCUGAAGAUGCCGGAACCAUCAGUUUCCAAGUGGGCUCCUGUCACUCACAGGCCCAGCUGAAGGUCACAGAGGCAGCACCGUGCCUGGUACGUGGCUUACAGAACGUGGACGUCUUUGCGGGGGAGGUGGCCACGUUCUCCUGUGAGGUGUCCCGUGCAAGUGGGCCAGAGGCCCACUGGUGGCUGGAUGGGACCCUGCUGCAGGACGGCCCCCAGAGUGCCAUCUCCGUGCGUGAUGGGACCUUCCACUCUCUCACGCUCUCAGACCUGGGGGUCGCCGACUCAGGCACCAUCACCUUCCGGGCAGGGCCCCUGGUCUCCAGGGCCAAGUUGUUGGUCAAAGAUCCCACAGUGGAAGUGGUCAGUGCCAUGCAGGACCUGGCAGUGGAGGAGGGUGUUCCGGCUGAACUCCUCUGCCAGUACUCACGGCCCGUGCAGGCCACGUGGAAGAUGGACGAGCAGGAGGUGUGCGCUGAUGGGCGCCGUGUCAUCAUAGAGCAGGACUGGACCGUGGCCAGGCUGUCCUUCAGGCCGGCCUUGCCCUGCGACAGCGGCAUCUAUACUUGUGAGGCCGCGGGCACCCGCGUGGUGGCCCUGCUGCAAGUGCAAGCCAAGAAUACUGUGGUGAGAGGCCUGGAAAACGCGGAGGCGCCUGAGGGCGGUGAGGCGCUGUUCGAGUGCCUCUUGUCCCAGCCGGAGGUGGCCGCCCACUCCUGGCUGCUGGAUGAUGAGCCGGUGCGCACCUCUGAGAACGCCGAGGUGGUUUACUUUGAGAAUGGCCUACGGCACCUGCUGCUGCUCAGAAACCUGCGGCCUCAAGACAGCUGCCGGGUGACCUUCCUGGCGGGGGACGUGGUGACAUCUGCGUUCCUCACAGUCCGGGGCUGGCGCUUGGAGGUCUUGGAGGCACCCCGGGACGUGGCCGUGCUGGCCGGGGAGAGGGCCAGCUUCAGCUGCACGCUCAGCGAGACAGUGCCAGUGGGUGAGGCGACCUGGUACAUAAAUGGAGCCUCGGUGCAGCCUGACGACGCAGACUGGACAGUCACCGCCGAAGGCAGCCACCACACCCUGCUGCUGCACCGGGCCCAGCUGCACCACGCCGGCGAGGUCACCUUCACCGCCCGUGAUGCUGUGGCCUCUGCGAGGCUCACUGUGCUGGGCCUUCCCGACCCCCCAGAGGACGCCGAGGUGGUGGGGCGCAGUGGCAGCUCCGUGACACUGUCUUGGGUGGCUCCCGCGAGUGACGGCGGAGGCGGUCUCUGUGGCUAUCGGGUAGAGAUGAAGGCAGCGGCCACAGGAGAGUGGCAGCUGUGCCACGAGCUGGUGCCCGGACCUGAGUGCCUGGUGGAUGGCCUGGCCCCCGGGGAGACCUACCGCUUCCGUGUGGCCGCAGUGGGCACAGCAGGCGCUGGGGAGCCUGUGUACCUGCCCCAGACAGUGAGGCUUGCAGAACCCCAGGAGCCCACGCCUGCACCCCCUGCCCCUGAGAGCCGGCAGGUGGCAGCUGGGGAGGACUUGUGUCUGGAGUGUGAGGUGGCCGAGGCUGGUGAGGUCAUCUGGCUGAAGGGAACAGAGCGCAUCCAGCCCAGUGGGCGCUUCCAGCUUCUCUGCCGGGGUCAGCGGCAGACGCUGUUGAUUCGGGACUUCUCAGCGGAGGACCAGGGCGAGUAUCGCUGCGCCCCUGCACGGGACCCGGUCUCUGUGGCAGCUGCUGCCUUCCAGGUGGUGCUGACCCCAGAAUCUGGGGAUGAGGUCCCCACACAGCCCAGCCUGCCCCCUGAGGCAGCCCAGGAAGGCGACCUGCAUCUCCUGUGGGAGGCCCUGGCCCGGAAGCGCCGCAUGAGCCGAGAGCCUACGCUGGACUCCAUCAGCGAGCUGCCCGAGGAGGACGGACGCCCGCAGUGCCCGCGGCAGGAGGUGGAGCAGGAAGCUCCUGACCUCUCUGAGGACUCUUCUACGGCUGACGAGCUGGCACGCACUGGCGAGGCUGACCUCUCACACACCAGUUCUGACGACGAGUCCCGUGCGGGCACUCCUUCCCUGGUUACCUACCUCAGGAAGGCUGGGAGGGCCUGCAAGGUUGAGGUCGCAGCAGCCCCUUCUGGGAAGCCACAAAAGCAGCAGGAGAAGCCAACUUCAGUACCCGCACCACCAGGAGACCUGGGCGUUGGGGACUUGGGUGACCUAUCCAUGGACAAGGCAGCAGUGAAGAUCCAGGCUGCCUUCAAGGGUUAUAAGGUCCGGAAGGAGAUGCAGCAGCAGAAGGGGCCUGUGUUCUGCCGCACAUUCGGGGACACCGUGGCACAGGUGGGAGAUGUCCUGCGUCUGGAGUGUGUAGUGUCCAGCAAGACGGAUGUGCACGCCCACUGGCUGAAGGACGGUGUGGAGCUGGCUGACGGCCGGCACCACCACAUUGACCAGCUUGCGGAUGGCACCUGCUCUCUGCUGGUCACUAGCCUGGGCCGGGCCGACGCUGGCCGCUAUACCUGUCAGGUGAGCAACAAGUUUGGCCGUGUGGCCCACAGUGCCUGUGUGUUGGUCGGCGGGACGGAGAGUGAGACCGAGAGCUCCUCCGGGAGUGAGCUGGACGACACCUUCCGCCGGGCCGCCCGGCGGCUGCACCGCCUCUUCCGCACCAAGGGCCUGGCAGAGGUUUCACGUGAAGAGAUCUUCAGUGCUGACGAGGGCAAGGCAGAGCCCGAGGAGCCUGGGGACUGGCAGACGUACCGCGAAGAUGAACAGUCCAUCUGCAUCCGCUUCGAGGAGCUCGCCGAGGCCCGCCGGGCAGCCACCUGCUUCCAGGACAUGUUUGGCGCGCUGGACAACAGAGUGGACAUCAGCCUGUCAGAGCAGGGGCUGCAUGGGGUGGAGAUGCGCAUUGGCAAGGUGGCCCCCACCCCUGCAGCGCCUCCGGAGCCAGCACUGGCCGCAGAGGCAGCCCCGGUGUUCCUGACUGAGCUACAGAACCAGGAGGUGCUGGAUGGGUACCCCGUGAACUUUGACUGUGUGGUGACAGGCCAGCCCGUGCCCAGUGUGCGCUGGUUCAAGGACGGGAGGGUGCUGCAGGAGGACGACCACUAUAUGAUCAGUGAGGACCAGCAGGGCGGCCACCAGCUCAUGAUCACAGCUGUGGUGCCAGCAGACAUGGGUGUCUACCGCUGCCUGGCUGAGAACAGCGUGGGUGUGUCCUCUACCAAAGCGGAGCUCCGCGUGGACCUGACCAGCACCGACUACGACACUGCUGCCGAUGCCACGGAAACCUCGUCCUAUUUCAGCGCCCAAGGCUACCUGUCCAGCUGGGAGCAGGAGGGCACGGAGUCUACCUCAGAGGAGGGGCAGCUGCCGCAGGUCGUGGAGGACCUGAAAGACCUCCAGGUGGCCCCCGGCACGCGUCUGGCCAAGUUCCAGCUCAAGGUGAAAGGCUACCCCACGCCUCGACUGUACUGGUUCAAAGAUGGGCAGCCCCUGACUGCAUCUGCACACAUCUGCAUGGUGGACAGAAAGACACUGCACACCCUGGAGAUUGUCUCGGUCACCAGCGAGGAUGCUGGCCAGUACUCGGCCUACAUCAGCAACACCGUGGGUGCUGCUUAUUCGUCUGCUCAGCUGCUGGUCCGAGGCCCCAAUGAACCAGAAGAGAAGCCAGCAUUCGAUGUACACCAACAGCUGGUGCCACCCCGAUUCCUGGAGAAGUUCACCUCCAAGAAGGUGAAGAAGGGCUCCAGCAUCACCUUCUCAGUGAAGGUUGAAGGAGACCCGCCCCCAGCUGUGCAUUGGCUGCGGGAGGAGGCUGAGCAGGGUGUGCUGUGGAUCGGCCGCCACACACCGGGCUACACAGUGGCCAGCUCUGCCCAGCAGCACAGCCUGGUCCUUCUGGAUGUGGACCGACAGCACCAGGGAACCUACACCUGCAUUGCCACAAACACUGCUGGCCAGGCCCUCUGUUCCGCGAGCUUGCACGUCUCUGGCUUACCUAAGGAGGCUGGGGAAGCGGAGGAGCAGGCCGGGGUGAAGGAGGCCCUCAUCUCCACCUUCCUGCAGGGGACCCAAGCUGUUUCUGAACAGAUGUCGGAACCUUCAGGUUUCACUGACCUCGCUGGGCAGAGGAAAGGAGAGCUCCCGGCAGCAGAGGCCUGUGGCCACCUGUCCUUGGCCGAGGUGGGCACAGAGGAUUUCCUGAAGAAGCUCACUUCGCAGAUCACAGAGAUGGUGUCAGCCAAGAUCACACAGGCCACGCUGCAGGUGCCUGGAGGUGACAGCGAUGAGGAGUCCAAGACGCCGUCCGCGUCCCCCCGGCAUGGCCGAUCACGCCCCUCUUCCAGCGUCCAGGAGUCGUCCUCAGAGUCAGAGGAUGGAGACUGCCGGGGAGAGAUCUUUGACAUCUAUGUGGUCACGGCUGACUACCUGCCCCUGGGGGCUGAGCAGGAUGCCAUCUUGCUGCGGGAGGGCCAGUAUGUGGAGGUGCUGGACUCAGCGCACCCGCUGCGCUGGCUUGUGCGUACCAAACCCACCAAGUCCAGCCUCUCUCGGCAAGGCUGGGUGUCUCCUGCCUACCUGGACAGGCGGCUCAAGCUGUCACCUGAGUGGGGGCCAGCUGAGGCCCCUGAGUUCCCCAGGGAGGCUGUAUCGGAGGACGAGUACAAGACAAGGCUGAGCUCCAUCAUCCAGGAGCUGCUGAGCUCGGAGCAGGCCUUUGUGAGCAAGCUGCAGUUCCUGCAGAGCCACCACAUGCAGUACCUGGACCACUGCCCCCACGUGCCCACGGCCGUGGCCAGCCAGAAAGCAGUCAUCUUCCGAAAUGUACAGGACAUCAGCCACUUCCACAGCAGCUUCUCACAGGAGCUGCAUAGCUGCGACACGGAUGACGACGUGGCCAUGUGCUUCAUCAAGAACCAGGCAGCCUUUGAGAAGUACCUGGAGUUCCUGGUGGGCCGAGUGCAGGCUGAGUCAGUGAUGGUCAGCACGGCCGUGCAGGAGUUCUACAAGAAAUACACUGAGGAGGUGCUGUCAGCCGCAGAUCCUUCACAGCCACCCCCGCCGUCCCUGCAGCACUUCCUGGAGCAGCCGGUGGAGCGGGUCCAGCAGUACCAGGCGCUCCUCAAGGAGCUGAUCCGCAACAAGGCGCAGAAUGGACAGAACUGUGCGCUGCUAGAGCAGGCCUACGCAGUGGUGUCGGCCCUGCCGCAGCGUGCCGAGAACCAGCUACACGUGUCGCUCAUGGAGAACUACCCGGGCACCCUGGAGGCUCUAGGCGAGCCCAUCCGCCAGGGCCACUUCAUUGUGUGGGAAGGGACACCGGGUGCGCGAAUGCCGUGGAAGGGCCACCACCGGCACGUCUUCCUGUUCCGCCACCACCUGGUGGUCUGCAAGCCCAGGCGGGACUCGCGCACUGACACCUUCAGCUACGUCUUCCGGAACAUGAUGAAGCUGAGCAGCAUCGACCUGAACGACAAGGUGGAGGGCGAUGACCGUGCCUUCGAGGUUUGGCAUGAACGGGAGGACUCAGUUCGCAAGUACCUGCUGCAGGCGCGGACGGUCACCACCAAGAACUCCUGGGUGAAGGAGAUCUGCGGCAUCCAGCAGCGCAUGGCCCUGCCUGUGUGGCGCCCCCCGGAUUUUGAAGAGGAGCUGGACGACUGCACGGCUGAGCUGGGCGAGACAGUCAAACUGGCCUGCCGUGUGACGGGCGCCCCCAAGCCCAUUGUGAGCUGGUACAAAGAUGGGAAGCCAGUGGAGGUGGACCCUCAUCACAUCCUCAUUGAAGACCCUGAUGGCUCGUGUGCCCUCAUCCUGGACAACCUGACUGGUGUCGACUCUGGCCAGUACAUGUGCUUUGCAGCCAGUGCUGCUGGCAAUGCCAGCACCCUGGGCAAGAUCUUGGUGCAAGUCCCGCCUCGGUUUGUGAACAAGGUCCGGGCAGUGCCCUUUGUGGAAGGAGAAGAUGCUCAGAUCACCUGCACCAUCGAAGGUGUCCCACACCCUCAGAUCAGGUGGUACAAGGAUGGGGCCCUGCUGACCCCUGGGGGCAAAUACCAGACCCUGAGUGAGCCCCGCAGCGGCCUGCUGGUGCUGGAGAUCAAGGCAGCUGGCAAGGAGGACCUGGGCCUCUAUGAGUGUGAGUUGGUGAACCGUCUGGGCUCCAAACGGGGCGGCGCGGAGCUGUUCAUGCAGAGCCCGGUGCUGCAAGCCCGAGAACAGCACCACGUAGAGCAGCUCGCUGCCGUGGAAGAUGCUGCCAUCCCACCCCCAGGUGCCCUGGGGCAAGUGGACCAGGAGAGCACAUCCAUCCAGAGGACACUGAUGUGCCCUGAGCCUCCGGGACCCACCACAGGGGAACAUACCAGCCCCGGCCCCAGACCUGGGGGGCCACGUGAACUCCAGGAGGCCGGCCAGAAUCCCCCAGGAGUGGAGGCUGGGGAUGCAUCCGGUGAGGCCUGGCAGCAGGCUGAAGGCAAACCCCAGAAGGUGCCGCAACCUCUCUCCCACGAGGGCCUGGAGCAGAACUCUCGGACACACGCUGAGGUCCAGGAACGCACGGUGCCCAUCCGGAUGGAGGGCGCUGCCUACCCCAGGGCAGGUGCAACAGAGCUCUGGGACAUCCACAGCCACGUGUUCACAGAGACCAAGCACAGGACAUACGUGUACCAGGCCAGCGACAUGUGUGCCGCAAGGCCCCCAUCCAUGCAGGUCACCAUUGAGGAUGUGCAGGCCCAGAGGGGCGGCGUGGCGCAAUUCCAGGCUGUCAUUGAGGGCAACCCGCAGCCCACGGUGACCUGGUGUAAGGACGGUGCCCAGCUGGUGGAUGGCCCCCGGCUCAGCCAGCAGCAGGAAGGGACCACAUACUCCCUGGUACUAAGGGAUGUGGCCCAGCAUGACGCAGGUGUCUACACAUGCCUGGCCCACAAUGCUGGCGGCCAGGUGCUAUGCAAGGCAGAGCUGCUGGUCCAUGGGGGCGACAGUGAGCAAAGCUCUAGGCGGAAACUGCACUCCUUCUACGAGGUCAAGGAGGAAAUUGGAAGGGGUGUGUUCGGCUUCGUGAAGAGGGUGCAGCACAAGGGCAACCAGAUGUCCUGCGCCGCCAAGUUCAUUCCCCUGCGGAGCAGGACACGUGUCCAGGCUUAUCGGGAGCGGGACAUCCUAGCAGGGCUGAACCACCCGCUGGUCACUGCACUGCUAGACCAGUUUGAGACCCGAAAGACCCUGAUCCUCAUCCUGGAGCUGUGCUCGUCGGAGGAACUGCUGGACCGCCUGUUCAAGAAGAGUGUGGUGACAGAGGCCGAGGUCAAGGUCUACAUCCAGCAGCUGGUGGAGGGGCUGCACUACCUGCACGGCCAAGGCAUCCUCCACCUGGACAUAAAGCCCCCCAACAUCCUGAUGGUGCAUCCUGCUCGGGAAGACAUUAAAAUCUGCGAUUUGGGCUUUGCCCAAAAAAUCACCCCGGCAGAGCCACAGUACAGCAAGUACGGCUCCCCUGAGUUUGUGGCCCCUGAGAUCAUCGAGCAGACCCCUGUGAGCGCGGCCUCUGACAUCUGGGCCAUGGGGGUCAUCUCCUACCUCAGCCUGACCUGCUCGUCCCCAUUUGCUGGCGAGAGUGACCGAGCAACCCUUCUGAAUGUCCUGGAAGGGCGGGUGUCCUGGAGUAGCCCCAUGGCCGCCCACCUCAGUGAGGAUGCACAGGACUUUAUCAAGGCUGCUCUGCAGAAGGCCGUGGAGGCCCGGCCCAGUGCCGCCAAGUGCCUUGCCCACCCUUGGUUCCUGAAGUCUGUGCCUGCGGAGGAGGCCCACUUCAUCAACACCAAGCAGCUGAAGUUCCUCCUGGCCCGCAGCCGCUGGCAGCGCUCCCUGAUGAGCUACAAGUCCAUCCUGGUGAUGCGUUCCAUCCCGGAGCUGCUCCAGGGACCGCCCGACAGCCCAUCCCUCGGGGUGGCCCGGCACCUGCGAGGUGACGCCAGUGCCUCCUCCAGCAGCUCUUCCUCCUCCGACAACGAGCUGGCACCGUUCGCCCGGGCCAAGUCGCUGCCCCCCUCCCCGGUGACCCACUCCCCGCUGCUGCACCCCCGGGGCUUCCUGCGGCCUUCUGCCAGCCUGCCUGAGGAGGCCGAGGCCUGCCCACCCACCGCAGCCUCGCCUCUGCCUGAGUCGCCCCAGGGUGCACAACCGCCAGCUGCCCUGGGCUGUGUGCCCCGGCAGAGUGUCAUCCGAAGCCUGUUCUACCAGCAGGUGGGCGAGGGCCCAGAGCUAGGGGGCCUGUCUGCGGGCAGCAGGCGGCACCCUGCCCGGCGGCGGCACCUCCUCAAGGGUGGCUAUUUCUCGGGCGUCCUGCCCGGCCUUCGAGAGCCACUGUUGGAGCACCGUGCGCUGGAGGAGGAGGCUGCCAGGGAGGAGCAGGCCACCCUGAUGGCCGAAGCGCCCUCCGUUGAGACCGCCCUGCAGGUGCCCAGUGCAAGCACCCAUGAGGCCUCUGGCUUCAGCUGCUCCCUGGACCUCGACUGGGUGAACACAGCCAGCCCCUCUGCCAAGGCCUGCAGCAAGGGGCAGUGUUCCGCUCUGGGCCCCUCGAGCCUUCAGGGGGCCCACGGAGAGAGCAUGCCUGGAGGGGAUGCACGUGCCAGGGCAAAGGGGCAUCCAGAGGGGUCCCUGCAGGGGCUGAGACUACUUCCGUCCACCGGUGGAGGUGGGCGCUCCACUCAGCAAGAGGGGUCAUUCCAGGACAGCUGUGGAGGGCAGGCUGCCCCUUUCUUUCAACCCCAGAGGAGUCCUGCCCCCCAGGACUGUGGCACCCCUGCUGCUUCGGCACCACAACCUCCUGGCUCCUUCCCUCCAGGGCACUGCACAGAGCCCCUCUUGACAUCCCCGAGCCCUUUCUUCUCAGGAAAGCCACAGGCCUCCCUCUCCCCAGCCCAAGCAAGCCCCCAGUCAGACUCUGAGACAGGGCUGAAGGACAUCCCUCUUGCCGGGAGGCCUGAUCCACCCAAACCCCCAGAGCCAGCCUCCCAUAUGGGCAUGGAGCCCAGCCCCUCCCUGGACACUGAAGGCCUGUCCCAGGAGACAGAGGGCCUGUCCCAGUCUUCGCCCAGCCCACAGCGGCCUCAGGAGCUGGCGACCACACGGAAGUUCUCCCUGGGAUGCCAUGGGGGCUACGCGGGGGUGGUGGGCUACGGCACCUUUGCCUUUGGUGGGGAUGCCGGUGGCAUGCUGGGUCAGGGCCCCCUGUGGGCCAGAAUGUCCUGGGCCGCCUCUCAGUCCUCGGAGGAGGAGGAGGAGGAGGCAGGGGCCGAGAGCCCACCACCCCAGGCCAGCACGGUGCCUCUACCUGAGGGUGGCAGGGCCCUCCCGAGGGCCUCCCAGGAGGUGAGCUCACGGGAGGACUUAAGUGGGGGCUCUCAGGUGUCGCUCGUACAGAUCCGGGACCUGUCCAGGGACCUGGAAGCGGCUGACAGUGUGUCUCUGGACAUCUCAGAGGUGGAUCCUGCCUACCUCAACUUGUCUGACCUGUACGACAUCAAAUACCUCCCAUUUGAGUUCAUGAUCUUCAAGAAGGUCCCCAAGCCUGUGGAGCCAGAGCUGCCACCCUCCCCUGAGUCUGAGCCUGGGGAGGAGCUGGCUGAGCUCCCAGAGGCCGCAUGGCCCUGGCCGGGCAUUCUGGGCCCGCCAGCAAGCCUGGAGAUCACAGAGGAGCCAGAGGACAUGGAGGCCCUGCUCGGGGAGCCUGCUGGUGGCAGGAAGCGCCAGUGGUCACCCCCUUCCAGCAGUCUCUUCCACUUCCCCGGGAGGCAAUCACUGCUGGAGGAGCCCACAGAGCUGGGACUACGUCGGAGAGUGAGGGCCUCGGUGGCCCACAUCUCCCGCCUCCUGAGGGGCAGGCCUGAAGGUCUGGAGAAGGAGGGCCCCCCCAGGAAGAAGACAGGCCUAGCUUCCUUCCGCCUAUCAGGCCUGAAGAGCAGCGACCGAGCACCAUCGUUCCUAAGGGAGCUCUCGGAUGAGAUGGUGGUCCUGGGCCAAUCUGUGACUCUGGCCUGCCAGGUGUCGGCCCAGCCAGUUGCACAGGCCACCUGGAGUAAAGAUGGUGCUCUUCUUGAGAGCAGCAGCCAUCUCCUCAUCUCCUCCACGCUCAAGAACUUCCAGCUUCUGACCAUCCUGGUGGUGACUGCCGAGGACCUGGGCGUGUACACGUGCACUGUGAGCAAUGCGCUGGGGACGGCGGCCACCACAGCCAUUCUCCGGAAGGCAGAGCGCCCCUCUUCCUCCCCACGCCCGGACAUCGGGGAGGUGUAUGAGGACGGGGUGCUGCUGGUCUGGAAGCCUGUGGAGUCGUAUGGCCCUGUGACCUAUAUCGUGCAGUGCAGCCUGGAAGGCGGCAGCUGGAGCACCCUGGCCUCGGACAUCUUUGACUGCUGCUACCUCACCGGCAAGCUUUCUCGGGGCGGGGUGUACACCUUCCGGACAGCCUGUGUCAGCAAGGCGGGCAUGGGCCCCUACAGCAGCCCCUCGGAGCAGGUCCUCCUGGGAGGACCCAGCCACUUGGCCUCUGAAGAGGAGCGCGGUGCCUCAGGGCCAGCCCAGCCCCUCCCCAGCGUGCAGACCUUCGCCUUCCAGACACAGAUCCAAAGGGGCCGCUUCAGCGUGGUGCGGCAGUGCCGGGAGAAGGCCAGUGGACGCGUGCUGGCUGCCAAGAUCGUGCCCUGCCACCCUGAGGACAGGACUGCCGUGCUGCAGGAAUACGAGACCCUCAAGGGCUUGCGCCACCCCCACCUGGCACAGCUGCAGGCUGCUUACCUCAGCCCCCGACACCUGGUCCUCAUCUUAGAGCUGUGCUCUGGGCCUGAGCUGCUCCCUUGUCUGGCCGAGAGGUCCUCCUACUCGGAAUCAGAGGUGAAGGACUAUCUGUGGCAGGUGCUAAGUGCUGCCCAGUACCUGCACAGCCAGGGUAUCCUGCAUCUAGACCUCAGGUCCGAGAACAUGAUUGUCACAGAGUACAACCUGCUCAAGGUCAUCGACUUUGGAAACGCCCAGAGCUCUGCCCAGGAGAGGGUCCUGCCCUCAGAGAGCUUCAAGGACUACAUGGAGACCAUGGCUCCGGAGCUCCUAGAGGGCCAGGGUGCCCUCCCGCAGACCGACAUCUGGGCCAUAGGUGUCACGGCCUUCAUUAUGUUGAGCGCUGAGUACCCGGUGAGCAGCGAGGGAACGCGAGACCUGCAGAAAGGCCUGCGCAAGGGGCUCAUCCAGCUGAGCCGCUGCUACGCGGGGCUGUCCGGGGGCGCUGUGGCCUUCCUCCGCAGCACGCUGUGCGCCCACCCCUGGGGCCGCCCAUGCGCGUCCAGCUGCCUGCAGUGCCCGUGGCUGACCGAGGAGGGCCCCGCCAGCUCCCAGCCUGCGGCCGUGACCUUCCCCACCGCAAGUCUGCGCGCCUUCAUGAGAGAGCGCGAGAAGAGGCGGGCGCUGCUGUACAAAAAACACAACCUGGCUCAGGUGCGCUGAAUGCCUGGCCCUGCGGGACCUCACCUCUCAGUCUUUCAGCACUCCCUUCAUAUGCAUACACACAUCAAUAAAAAGCAGAACUGGA